UUGGUUCGCUCUGCUGUUGCCUCCGCUCACGAACGCAGCCCCCAACGAACACGAACGAGCCACUCAGUUUAAAUAGUAUCCUGAGCAGGCACAACAAAAACAAACCCCGGCCGACGGGCAGAGAAUAAAUUAGCUUGCUAAAAAAAUUAAAUGCGAAAUCGAAACAAAAUAGAAGCCUCAUAAGUGGACAAACAACAACGGCCGGCAGCCAAAGUGUCAGAAUAUGUGAAAAUUAAUAUUUCACCAGAGAUUUGAGUGCUGCCAAAACAAAAAACAAACACACACUGCAAACAGAAACAGGACAAACUUUUCGUUUCGUAAAACUUUUAUUUCGUACACACGUUUUUUGGCCAUACGCGAUUUGCCUGCGCAAAAUUAUGAAAAAUAUGUGAGAAAUGUGCGAAAUCCGCAGAAAACACGAGGACCCCCAAGAGGAGUAGAGCAGGAGCGAAAAGCGUUACUGUUAGCCACCAGCAUAGGUCAAGCUCCAUCCUCCAGUGCGAGAUAGAUCCUGGUCGGUCCCGAAAUCUGAAAUCCCCCGACGCUGCUCCUGCCAGUGUCAGUGUUUGUGUGCGGCAAAGCCAAAGGGAGAGCUGAGGAAGCACAGGGAGCGAGAGCUGUGUAACGUGCUAAAAUAAGUUAAUUUAUUGCCGGGACAACAACAAUCACAGCACCGAGGACGACAACUGCCGGCAGUCAUAGCAUUUAUCGUGCUUGCCAUUGCUCCGAAGUUGACUAAAGCCAAACUACAAAAGCACAGAAAUAGGCCAAAACCAAUUGACAUUUAUUGGCCAAUAUACAUUUAUAAGGAUCGAACGGAAACGAAGGAGGAUUCCAGAAGGGAGAAUCACAAGAGAAAAUUGUAAAAAUCUUUAUAUAUUUCAAUGCCAACGACGACGACGACGACGACGACUAUUCAGAUGGCCAACAAGUGGAGCCCGGGACGGGGACGGGGCCAAAGUGGGCGUGGCUGUAUCUGCUGGAUAUCCUUGACGCUGCUCCUCAUGCUGGUGCCUGAUUUUAUUGUGGCACUCAAGGAUGUUUCCGUAAUGAUACCGCAGGCGGUGAAACGUGGUAGCAAUGCCCUGUUCACGUGUAAUUACGAUAUGGAAAACGAUACUCUAUAUUCGGUGAAAUGGUAUAAGGGCAAACGUGAGUUUUAUCGCUACACGCCCAAGGAGAAUCCGGCGAUGAAGGUCUUUGCCAUGACAAGUGGCCUCAACGUCGAGCGCAACCUUUCGAAUCAGAGCCACGUCGUCCUGCAGUCGGUGCCGUUGAAUAUUUCGGGAAAAUUUACAUGCGAAAUAUCCGUGGAGGCCCCCACAUUUCAAACAGCCAUGGUGUCCGGCGAAAUGGAGGUGGUUGAGCUACCGGAAGAGCACACUGUGGUCACCGGGAUACAGGCACGCUAUCGCGUCGGCGAUUUGGUGGACGGCAAUUGCUCAAUUAAAUACUCGAAACCGGCUGCUAAUUUGACAUGGACUAUUAAUGGUAUUGUGGUUCCACCGCACCACAUAAAGACGUAUCAGACGGAGAGACAGGAGAACAGCACCCUGGAGUCGGUUACGAGUGCCAUACAUUUCAUGGUCACUACUCAACAUUUUCUCAAGAGCCAGAUGAGGCUCAAGUGCACGGCCAAUAUCUUUGACAUCUUCAAGGAGGAAAUGGAGAGCGUCAUUGAGGAGGACCGUCCCAGAAUAAUGGCCUCUGGCAGAUCGUAUGACAUGAAUAAUUAUCCCCUCGAGGAGAAUCCGAAUGGCGAACGUGGAGGCUACGAGGAUCACAACGAGUCCUAUUUGACCUACUACUCGGCGGAUAAUAGUGCAUCGGGCGCUUCGACAGCUGCACGUGAAAUCUUCUGGCAAUUCUGGCUAACAAAGCUCCCCAUCAACAGGCAGUUCGAGGGGACGUGGCAGUGGAUCCUAGAAGGAGGGGCAACGAUGGCAGCCCUGCUGGCAACGCUGCUGGCCCAUCAAAUUAUCAACUGUCAAUACACAAAGCCGGCAACUGGAAGGGCCAAGGUACAGCGGCAGCAACAUCAACAGUUGCCAGGAGCCAGGAGCAGCAACCAUGCGAAUGUGGAUCUGGAUGCGGAGGAUGUGACAGCUCCAAAAGCGGCAACAUCCGCAACGAGCGUCAAAUGCUUUUAUAAUUGUCAAAUGGCCAUGGCAAUGGCAACUUCAAAUCGCAGCGAUGCUGCGAAUAUUGCAAGUGCAUCGGCAACUACAACUGCUGCUGCUGCUGAUGUUACUGCUGCUGCUGAUGUUACUGCGCGCGGCAUUAAGCGCCUGUCAACGACACUUGCGGGGGGCGUGGCCAGCUGGCAGGAUCAGCGAUUAUUGAUGACUCCUCCACGGCGGCGGCAGGACGCGAUGCAGUCGCGUUGGAGCGCGUGCUGAUGCCGAAUUGAUGAUGAAAUGCAUUCGCGAAAGUAGCUUAAGGUGCUUGCCGCCGCCCCCCUUCCACAUGCCACACCCCCCAAGUAUAAUUAAUAUAUACGAUUGCGAGUACGGAUUGCCCUCGCUCCCGAGUCUUACGCACAAGCUGGGCAGUGUCGGGAUAUAUAGUAUUUAACAGUUGAAGGCGGAGACGGCGCGAAAUCAAUGAAUAAUAACAGGAAAUAAAUUAAUGUAAGGUUGAGGAAGGUAUAACUUGAUGGUGCAACCCAUAUAAAAUUGUAUGUAAAUGAAAAAUACCCUGUACGUUGAAAUUGCACAUAAAAAAAGGUUCAGUAAGAAACGAGCUUCAUGUUUGUGAAGGUUAAUUAUUUGUUUAUUGUCAACAGAAACAAUAAAUAAUAAAGUAAUAUGUAAUAUAUAAUUUUUUCUUUUUUUCAAUUUAAAUAUUGAGUUUUCAAUUAUAUAUUUCAAUUACUUAAAUUAUUCCUGACAAUAAAGCGGAUAAAUACAUUUGUUUAUUUAUUUAAGUUUAUCUUUUUAUCUAGUUUUUCCCCUAAAUUAAUACAUUUUUAAUUCUCCAUUAAUACGAAGCUACAGUAAAUCGUGAAAACUGCGCGCAAUAAACCAAGUACUUGAAGGUAUCAAUAGAAAACAUUAAUAAUCGCAGAAAUAAAUACGCAAGAGUAACAUGUUUACAGUUAGUUUGUGAAUUUGCGUACAGGGUAAGAAAAUACUUGUGCUUAUUCAAACACAUAAAAUGAAAACACACAUUAUAUGCAUAUAUUAUAUGUACUCUCCACACAGUCGCUUGGAUUGCGAUACCAAAUGCUCUUUAUGUUCUGAGCACUCACAUAUAUACCAGAAAUUCCGCUCAGUGUACAGCAAGCUGAACUUUAGACUGCACUUGAGCUUAGCUUUCGGGUACCGUAGUGCAUUGUAAAGUGGGCUUUGCCUGAGCCAGAGCCAUAGGAGCCAAGGGAACGGAACAGAAAACAGUUAUUUUUAAUCGCCAAAUUAAUGUGUAAAUAAACAAGAAACUAAAGAUAAGCUAGUAAGGAAUAAUAAUACCCACUGUACAGAAAGGAACUUUUUACGGUUGUGGACAUAAAGCAAAAUUAAUUCUUAAAACACUUCCUGCUUUGUAGAGAAACAUGAAUUCAUAGAUGAAACAAAUAAAAUAGGAACAUUUUGGUUUAAAUGCUAUUGGGGCAAUAUUAAAACUCGAAAGAAACAAACGAUUAUUUCAACAUUUUUGGCCAACAAAAAUCCAGCGGUAAAUAGUUCCUUUGCUUUGAAAAUAAAUCAAUAUUAAUGGUAAUUGGUAAUGCCAAGAAAAGAAAUGUAAAUUGAACAAAAGGUUAGAUUACGGAUAUUUGUUUUAAACAGUAGUACAAUAAAUGUUAAAUGAUAUUAUAAACAAAAACCAAUAUAUGUAAAUAAAAAGUGUGUAAAUGUUGAAAUAAUAAUAACAAACAAAUAAAGAUAUAAGCAUUACAAUACUCAAAUGCAUGCGCCAAGAUUUCUGUAAUCAAAUCGUGUUGUGAAAGUUGUCUUCCCUAAUUUACGUACAUUAUCAAAAAUUAUUACAGUGCAGUCAUGGUUUAUCCCUUAGUUUCAAUAUGGUUUCAUUCAGAGCAAAACAAUUUAAAUACAAGAAAUGUAAAUCUAGGUUUAUGUACAUAGAAAAAAUCGUCAACGGAUUUUCCUUUGAAUGUUGCAGAAUAGAUAAAUAUAUAAACGAAAAUAAUUAAUGUAUGCAUAUUAACCAAAAUAUAUAGAAAUAGGAGCUCCAAAAUGGAAAUCAAAAGCAUGCAGAUGCAUUUUGCAUUGAAUAUAAAAUAUUCAUAUCCACAAACAGUUAAUAACCAAAAUGUGUAAAGCCGGAAAAAAUAUAGCAUUAAGUCCCCAAGAAAAGUAAACAGUGAUGUAAAAAACGCAGCAAGGAAAUACAGAGAAAAACUAAUCAAUGUCAUACGAAUAUAUGUACUAGUUUUAAUGAUUUCAGUGAAUAUUAAUGUAAAAAGUGAAUUCAAAUCAAAGCGCAGCAUAUAAAGUCAGUGUGUAUGGCAUUUGAUUAAACCACAAGCA